GAAAAUGAGAAUCUGCCAAAAAUAUACUCUCCCUAAUACGCACAUCAAGCGUGCACCUUUCCAAUUUCCUGUUGCGCAAAGGUUAAUAUGGAAGCGGAGAACGAACACCUACUAAAAAGCGCACCGCAAACCAUACACACUUUAAUGUGUGUGCACCACCCCUCUCUGCAUGCGCAUUGCGUACGCGCGCAUACUCUCUUCUCCAGCACAUAAAACAUUAAGAAAAUCUCCAAAAAACGCGCCCUCUGACAGCUGUCAACCCCACAAAUCAGCUGAGCUUUUGUUUACCAAGGCAAAUAGUACAUUUGUGAACAGCAGCUGCCAUAGCGGCGCUCACGGCGGCCAGCCUUGUAGAGAUUCAAGCGAGGCCGUAUCGCUCGCAUUCCUUGUGUGACUGUGGUGACUACUACUAAAAUUAUCAGCGCUUUCCUUUAUGCUUUCGCUUUGCGUACCUUUAGCAAAGUACAAAAGUGAAACAACAACCAAAGACCGAGCAACGCUAGAUUAAUGACGACUACUACGGCACUGCGGCUGGAGAGUUUGCAAUAUUCUGCGGUGCGAUAAAGACGUGCACGGAAGUUUGUUGAUAAUUUUCGGUUUUUGUUUUUCGGUGUGUGCCACUAAAAGCGCUAGUGUAUUUCACGUUAUUGGUGAAUUCUGCUACAUACAUAUAGAAUUCUAAAUGCAUACAUAUAUACGAGUAUUGAAUUGUAUAAAAUAGUGCGUGCAUUUUAACCGUCGCCGCCGCCGUCGCAAUAUUGUUAAAUGCUUCCGAUCGUUUUGUGGUGAUUGCAUUGUUGUUGUGGAAAAUCUAUUGAUUCUGAAAAUGCCUUAAAAUCUUUAAGCCGCUCGGGUAGUUGUGAUUUCAGCAGUGCAAUGCUUGGAAAAAUCUAGUGUUUAUGAAAUACAUAUUUACAUGGUAUGGGAGAGAAGUGUGUGAGAAUGUGAGUAGAAAUUCCUUCCUAUAUAUUACAAUAACGGAGACGCUUCACUGAGAACUUAAAGUCGCUUUAUAUUUCAUGUGAACGCCCCCCAAUUAACUUGGAUGUAAUAUAAAGUGCGCGGCAGGAACUCUAAACAAACGAAUUAUAAUGAAUUAUCAACCAGUAACCAACAACAAUUUUAUCAAUAACUAAAGUCACAAAACGUAUAUCCACAUUUUGAACGCGAGUCCACAAAGAAAUUAGAAAAAAUAUUUUCAACUAAUUUUAAAGACUAGUUAUGUGAAUAACACUAAUGACGUAGUUAGCAAGCGAAUCAAAUAUACAAACGAACGGUUUUUUUUUCGUUUAUUUUUCUUCACUUUUUACAUUAAAUAAAUACUUAAUGUAUAUUGAUAAAAUAAUAUUUAGAAAACGAUAUUAAUAACACUUAAAAACGAACUCUUUAAAAGCAUACACGAUCGGCUAGUAUAUUAAUUGUAAGCAAAAUAGUAUUUUUGACAAAUCCACAAAUAUGGCAAUGCUCGAGGCCCGGCCAUAUCGGCCUUUUAAAUCGAGCGAGGAAUACUUGGAGGCGAUGAAAGAGGAUUUGGCCGAAUGGUUGAGCACACUGUAUCCUGAUUUAAAUAUUAAUGCGGAGAAUUUUAUGGAUCGUCUUGAUACUGGAGUCGCACUAUGCAAGCACGCGAACUAUGUACGCCAAGCGGCUGAGGAUUACUUGGCACGCCGUCAGGCCCGCAACAAAUCGAUGACGCGCUCAAUGACUUCCGGCUCGGCCGGCCCCAUUCUCGCCAUGGGUAAUGUGCAUUACUUGCCAGCAGCUAAAAGCGGUACAUUCUUUUCACGCGACAAUGUGUCCAAUUUUAUAACCUGGUGCAGGAAAAGCCUUAAGAUAAUCGAGUGCCUACUAUUCGAAACAGAUGAUUUGAUUAUGCGAAAGAAUGAGAAACAUGUGAUCUUGUGUCUACUGGAAGUGGCGCGUCGUGGCGCUAAGUUUGGUAUGCUCGCACCCAUGCUGGUACAGAUGGAGCGGCAAAUCGAUCGAGAAAUCGCCGCCGACAACAAAGCAAAUGGAAUUGGGUGUGGCACACAGACAGACAGCGCCGAUGCAACUGGCACACAAACCGGAGAGAUCGGCAUUAAUACCGAUAAUGUCGCCACAGAAACCGAUAUGUUCGAUAGCGAUUCGGAGAAUGAGGACGACGACGAUAAUAGCCCGAUGCUGAUGUAUGGACCGCAACCGCAAAUUAUCACCAACGAUUUGAAGAGUUUGGAUGAGAUGGUCAGAGAUUUGGUCGAGAAAUGCACAUGCCCAUCACAGUUUCCAAUGGUACGCGUGUCGGAGGGUAAAUACCGUAUUGGUGAUACGAAGGUGUUGAUCUUUGUGCGGAUCCUCCGCUCUCACGUUAUGGUACGCGUUGGUGGCGGUUGGGAUACACUCGCUCACUAUCUGGACAAGCAUGAUCCUUGUCGUUGUAAAGCACAACAUCGUUCAUCUGUUGCAGCGCGUCUAGUGCCGCGCACCACCAAUCAAAAUAAUGGCGGCAUUGAAUUGCACAAAGCGCAAGUCAUCUAUGAGCGUUCACCGCCGUCUACACGUAAAAUAAUUUCCAACUUCAACAAUCAGUCUGCCGCCGGCAAUGCAGCCGUAACAUCAUCACCCAUUUCCAACAACAACUCGUACAAUUUGUCACCGAAUUUUGGCAAUAAUAAUAAGCAAACCAGUCGUAGUCCCACACCACAACGCAAAUUUCUUAAUCAUCACAAUACUUCCAAUGCGACAGAUGGCGCUGCUGGAGACAAAUUACUAACAGCAAAUGGCAUGAAUGGCACUGCAUCACUAUUGCCUUCACCAAAUUUAGCACGUCGCUCCAUGUCACCAAGUCCACGUCGACUGAUUGAUAUGCGUAAGAAGCAGACUUCGUUAGACUCGAGUAACGGUAGUGGUCCGAAAUCCUUGCCAAUUUGCAGUGAAACCGUAGGCCAUCAUAUACAAUUUGAUGCACUAAACUACACGGCUGGACACACUGAGAAUGGCACUACACAAGCGGGAACUGGCAACACCGAUGGCAACACAAAUGGCACGAAUAACAAAUUCGAAAAUAUCAGCGACAAUGGUAGCGAAAUCAGCGAUGAGGGCUAUCGUAGUCUGGGCGUGAUACAAUCGAAUGCCCAAAAGCGCGAGUCACUGCAUAGUCAGGCUUCGGUAGAAGACGCUGAAAGUAAUGCGCGUCUUGAUCAGACAUCCAGUGAUUCACAGCUCUCUCCAGUCGAUGAUCUGACCAUAUCUAACAAAGCAGCCGAUAUAUUGGGCUCAGAUUUUAACAGCACACCGUUGGAGCUAAACUUAGAUGCUGGACCACAGUCACUACCCGCUGUGCUAACCACACCAACACAAAAUUCUACACCAAUGAAUCUGGCAGAUAAUUUCGAGCGAUCGGGCAUCUUUAUCACCGACGAUGAGAUCACAGUCGAUGUGGCAAAUGCCACCGGUUUGCGCAAAACAGGAUUUGCUACUAAAAUUUUCGGCGGCGAGGAUGUUACUGACAGCAGUAAUAGCGUAACGAGUAAGGAACCAAAAGAUAAUGCAGGCAAAAGUAGUAAAAUACCACGCUCGCCAGUAGCACAGCGCCGACGCAGUCUGGAUAACAGCAAUUGCAGCAGCGCCAGCAUGCAGGACCUCUCAACGCGCACCGGCUUGCCCGUAUUCAACCGCAAACAACCCGUUUAUCGUUCGGUACGUCGUCCGGCCAGCGAAAUCAAUAGGAACAGUGACAAUGUGUCCGCCGCAGCAGUAACGCGCAAAUCAGCAACGCCACCCGUGCGUGAGGUCACCAACACUUGGAGUGGACGCGCCGCAGCUGGCAAGAAGCGACCAACUCUCAAUGCCGACACAUUCACCGCCCAUAACGGUGUCAACACACCCGGCACUGGCAAUGCCUUCGAGCGCAACACACGUACACGCUCCUCACAGAUACUUUACGACAGCAAUGGGCGACGCGUACGCGGUUGCACCGCCUCACUCACCACAUCGCCGGUAAAGAACUACAACACAUCGCCAUUGGCGCAACAACUGCUCGAGGCGGCUAGCAGCGCCAAAAAUGAUGCACAAAUUUUGGAAAAAAUGAAAGUAUUACUCUCACGCUACUCCACCAACAGCAAUGGACCGAAUGGCGCCACAAGAACACCAGCUGGUGGCAGCAGUAACAAUAAGAAGCCCGUCUACGAGGACUUCACAUCCGCCUGGGUGCAUAGUAAUGGUAAUCUGGAGCGCUCGAACAGCUGUUCGCCUCCCACAAAGAACCUCUCGAAACGCAGUUCAGCCGCCUCUUCUACAGAAAGCACUCAAUCGCGCGAGUUGGCCUCGGUAAUUGUGUCGCCGCGUCGUGAUCGCGGUUUGUCCAAAAUCCCUGCACCGACACGACAACACACCGAACUCUACUAACACAGGAUGCAAGUGCCCGCCAGACUGCGCAUACAGCAGAGGGCCAUAAUGUUGCAGCAACGAAAAAGACAAGUGUAAGAGGUGUUUGGUGGAGAGUUGGUUGAAGGAAGGCUCCGUAAAUAACCAAACAUGCUCCCCUUAAAAAGUAACCAUGUGCGAGUAUGUCUGUCGUUAGUUUUUUUAAGCCGUAGUGUGUGAAAUUUAAAAGUGAAAAGUAAUCAUUUAGUUAUAAUUUUUAUACGAAACUAAUUGUUUUUAUAUGACAUUAAUUAACUGUACCGAAAAAGUAGUGUUUGGCGAAAAGUGUGAAAUAUUUCGAUUUUUAUUUUUGAUUUUCGAUUUCGAUUUUAGUGAAGUUGCCAGCAGCAAUAACUGUUUUUUUUUUUUAAAUAAUUUCCGCUCUUGUUUUUGUAGUUGGCACGCUUAGCGUACUUCUAUGUGUUAUUUAGCAAUGUGUACACGCCAAUGUGUACUUAUCUAUGCGGGUCUGUUGUAGGCCCAGCUUCCCUGCGCAUAGCUGAUAAAUAUGAUUCUGUAGAGCACUCCUUUGUAAUGCAGUACGCUUAUAAUAGCAAUGAAAGUUAAAUGCAAUUUAUUUAUAAAUAAGCUAAAUUAAUGGAAAUGACUUUUUGUUAAAGCCUGUCGUCUAUUUGUACAUACCAUAUACAUAUUGUUGUUUGUAUACAACUAAUAUGAAAUAUAAAAAAUAUAUAAAAAAUAAAAGUGUCACAAAUGCCUAAAAUAUAAAUAUAUAUAUGUAUGUAUACCAAAAAAAAAUUUACAAACACAUAUUCAACACAGUAUUUUCUUUAACUUUACCAGUCACAAUUAGCAUAAACCAACGAGAUCUGCCAGCUUGUAAUUAAUAGUUUUCCAGGAGCUUAAAACUGGCAAUAAUAUUUAAUAAUUAUAAAAAUGAAGUUUUUUAAAGUUGUUCUACGCGCAAUCAUUGUAUCAAUUUUUUUAUUAUGUAAUAGCAAAAAAUAGAGGCUGUCAAAUUAAUUAAAAUAUAUAUUUUUUAAAUUUAUUUUUAUUUAUUGUACAAAGAUAUAAUAGUAAAUACAAUAUAUACAGAUGUACAUAUUCUUAUAUCAAAUAAUUUUUAUUUUAUUUUUUAUUUAUAUUUUGUUAUAUAUUUUUUGUUAUUUAUUUUUUUAUAUUAUUUUUUAUUUUAUUUUACAUUUUGUUAUUUUUUUUUUUUAAUUUGUUAUAUUAUUUUUAUUUUUUUUUUUGUUAUUUUUUUUUAAUUUAUUAUAUUAUUUUUAUUUUUUUGUUAUUUAAUUGUAUUUAUUUUAUUUUUAUUUUUUUUUUUUAAUAUUUUUAAUAUUUUUUUAUUAUAAUUUUUUAGUUUCUUUAGUCCCCCUCAAAUGUAUAACACAUAUUUUUUUGUUGUAAAUACUACAAAAGUGCACGCGUAGAACAAUAAUAUUGGAUACUUUAAAUUUUAAACCGUAAAAAUACUCGCCAAUAUACAUACAAUGGCAUAAAACAAAAAUAUAUAUCACAAAUAAGCAUUUUUUCUGAACGAAAAUGAGAUUAAUAAAAUAAAAUAAAUAACAAUAAUAUGAAUAAAAAUAAAAACUAUUAAUAAUAAAGCAUAAUAACUGCAUACAACAACACUCAUCCAUUCAAAUUCUAAAUCAUAUAUUAAAUAUCAAUUACUUAUACUAAAAACAAAAUAAAAUAAUAAUAGAAAAUAAUAAUAAAUAGUGAACUAAGAAACUCCAAAAUGUGUAACGUAACGUAAAGAAAACAAUCCGGAUCAUGUUAACCUCAACUCAAAAUUUACAAAAGCUUUUUUAAAUUGUAGUCACAUAAAGUUUAA